AUGUCUACGAUAUAUUCAGAGCCUGAGGUGGAACGGUUUCUAAACAAUUUCAGCGAGCUUCAUUCUGCCAGAGAACAGGAGAACCGCAGCCGGCUGCAGAGUCUGGAGCAGGAGGUGGAUCAGAAACGUAGACAGUACGAGCUGUCUCCGAAGAAGAAGCCUCUUGUGCCCAAAAAGGCCGCCAAUCUCGACCACAAGGUCAAGGUGGAGCUGGAAAAGAAGGAGGUCGAGGAGUUUGUGCGCGCUGUGGACCUCGACAAGCCCGCUGAGAAGCCCAACGCUCCGAAACCCAUAAAAUUCGAGGAUGUGAUGAAACAGCCUAUCUUCACUCCACCGGCCGAAACGAGCACUCCUGCGCCUAGAAAGACUCCCAUCGUCAAGCCCAAGCCACAGCUAGAACAAGAACGGAUAGAUUUUCGGGCCUCUUUGAAACCUGCCAAACAUUCCGCUCCGCUCCCCAAACAGAAACUUUCGAUCCCUGUGCUCGCAAGCACCGUCGAAGAGACCGCAGACAAAGCGGCACCCUUUUUCGGCGUUCAGCUCUCGCCCACAAAAAAGACGUUCUCAGCUCCGGAAAGCAAGAAGCCUGAGGCCCUGAGCAAACUGGGCACUCUGAAACCGGCCCCUCCAGUAUCGAAAAAGCCGUCAGAGACACCCGAAGCACUCGCCAAGCUUUCGUCGCUCGCGAAGGCCAAGCCGACUCCCAAACCUGCGCCACCCAAGCCCGAGGCCCUACUCAUGCUAUCGAGCUUGAAGAAAACCAAGGAACCGGUUCCAAUCCAGAAAUUGCCACCAAGAGCGAAAACUGAGCCUCAAAUGGGAAUUCCGCUACCAGGGCUUGCUGAGCCACGCCACUUGGUCCCCAGAGCAAUGACAGAACCAAAGAAACCUGCGCUGGAUAUGUCAGAAUUCGACAAACAGGGGCGGCCACUGGAGCACGUGACCAAGACCAGAUCCAAGGGUCCUAAGCGCAGGCCUCCAAAGGCCAACAAGUACGGCGAGGCGGCUGCACAGCCCAAAAAGAUGCCACCGCCGAUCCGCAAAUCGUCGCGCCAGGUGUCGAGCAGCGAGCUGUUUAUAUAG